AUGUCAAGCUCUUCUACUAUUCCAGAAUGCUUACCCUUACAUCCAGGAGCUAGUACUUAUUUCCAUGGACUGCAUACAUCUGAUACUACUAAAUAUGUAGAUCUUUGUGAUAAACAAUUCAAUGAGACUUUGGAUCAAAUAAUAAAUUCAGCUGCACCUAACACUGAGGAACUUAUCAAAUCAUUGACGAAGACAUAUGCUGCAUUGAAUACUGAACGGUUAACCGCUAAACGACUGGCUGGAAAACUCAAUACUGUUAAACAAGAAUAUAAAAUGAAAUCAGACCAGUGUGAACAAAUAUCAUUAUCUAAUUGGGACUUAUAUCGUACUGGUGAAAUGACUGCUCCUAAUUUGUUAAAGUUAUAUGAUGAUGCCAAGGAUUCAAGAAUCAAUAAUACCCAAACAGCGGAAGAUGGAGGUGUUACCACAGCAUAUCUACUAAAGAUUUUCCCUUAUAUUUGGGAGAAUCCUACUUGUGUCCUACCAGAUCUUACCAAGAGCGGGAAUGCGAAGAAAACAAGAGCAGCUGAUGACGAUGAAAUACAUAUAGAAGGUGGUAAUAUUGAAUUGAUUUGCCCAAUCACAUGUAAACCUUAUGAACGUCCUUUGAUUUCCAAGAAAUGUGGUCAUGUUUUUGAUCAUGAAGGUAUUGUAAAUUAUUUAAGAGGUCACGGUUCUAGAGAUUGUCCACAAGGUGGGUGCGGUAAGGUUGUUAGCAUGAGAGAUUUUGUUCCAGAUAAAAUUAUGUCACUUAGAUGUAAAAUCGAUAAAAUACAGAAAAUAAAGGCAAAUAAAGAAGAUAAUGAGAACCUAGACACUUUGUGA